AUGGGUAUCGAUUUAUUGGCGGCACUCUUGUUUCCUAUAUGGUAUCGUAGAUGCUCCACAACGCCAUAUCUUGCGAUUAUGAUUGCUCUUGGAACCUUGUACGCUCUUUCCAUUGCAGUGUGGGGUUUCGUAGCCCGAAAUAACGACGUCAUAGCUUUCUGUAACCCACCACUAGGACUUGCACCUACCGUAAGCAUGAUCUGGUCAUCAUCAAAUGUCGUUAUUAACUCUGUAGUUGUUUUCGUUUAUGUGACUAUUAUCAUACUCGUGAGAUUGAAAGCGAAGUCCUCGACAUGUCAAGAGUCGCGCAGAGUGAUUAAACGUCUCAAAGUCACAGCCAUCGUCUUUGUCUUUUCUUGGUACAUGGCAAUCCUCGGUGUGAAUCUUGGUUAUGCCAUAGGAUUAAGAGAUGAUGCUUUGGCCAUUUUUCAAUCGAACAUGGUCUUUUUCGCAUUGCUUUGCUAUAGUCAAACGUUCUACGUAUGUUUAUGGCGUUCUUUGGAAUAUCGCUCGGCUUUCUUUGAACAGAUGUAUAUUAUGGUUGGCCGUACUUAUCAACGUAAAAAUGGUCCUAACACCUCAUCAACAACAAGAAUCGUCGUUCAACCGAUAACGAUGACGGCAAAAUCGUAA